AUGUACAUCAACUCUCCAGGGGGUGAGGUGAGCUCAGGGCUUGCUAUUUACGACACAAUGACCUACAUCAAGUCACCCGUUUCGACAGUGUGCAUUGGGAGUGCUGCCUCCAUGGCUGCUAUCUUGCUCAUUGGUGGCGAACCAGGCAAGCGAUUCGCACUGCCACACAGCACAGUCAUGGUGCACCAGCCAUUGGGCGGAACUCGGGGCCAGGCUGCUGACAUCCUCAUCUAUGCGAACCAAAUUCAGCGGAUACGAGAGCAAAUCAACAAGAUCGUAUACAAACACAUCAACAAAACCUUCGGCUAUGAGAAAUUUGAUAUGCGGGCUGUCAACGAUAUGAUGGAGCGUGACAAAUAUCUAUCAGCCGAAGAGGCUAAAGACUUUGGCAUUGUUGAUGAGAUUCUGUAUCGGAGAGACAAAAAGGACGACAGGACACAGACAGCGACAGCGGCGACGCCAAGUCAAACCAAGCCCUGA